CUGUCUCAGAUGACACCCGCUGUUCACCUGUGUUCACACCAACACUGCUCUGGUCCUGACCAUCCGCACCCGUCGCGGCCAGGGCGAGGUCACCGGUCGCCCCUGCGCCGGACGUCGGCGGCCGCGUCCACCGCCCCCCGCCACCGUCGGAACACUGUCGGUACCGACGGGGGCGCGCCGCCGACCGACGAUCGGCGACCGUGGCCGCUCGCACAUCGACGCGCGGGGUCCGCGGAAGUAUAAUAUAGGCCAGAGGAUCUCUUCAGGCGACUGGGUGGAUCACGAAUAGGGCGAGAGAAUCAUGGGAUCCAUUGGUCGGACGAGCGUGCAGUAGCCGUGGCAGUGACGCCGAAGCGUAAACGGUGACCUUGAGUGUAACUGAGAAGCACCUGGCCCGGUUGAAUGGUUCAAAGGGCAAGGUCAGCUUAGUCAAUGGUAUACCAGCAUAACCUGGUUGCAUUAUCACUGAUCAGGGUUGGAACUGGUCGACGGGUGAAAUUAACUACACUUGCGUACCUUAUUUAUUAUCACACAAGAGAAACAAAGCACUUUGCUUUAGAUGAACCUUGUAAAAAAGAUAGGUGUACCUACAUCGAAAAUGUGUGUCAGAUUUCUGUACACCAAUAUUCGCAAAAAAUGGCCAUGAGCUGCUCAUUUGGAAACUCUCUGGAGGUCAGCAGGCUGCAGACUGCGCAAUGCGCACUGCACGCCGCACGGACCGGUCAUAACCAUUCGUAUAGACUGGGCCGAUAGCCGGGGGCCGUUCCCAAGGUCGUUUGCAGACGGGGCCAUCCCGUCUCGCCGUCCGCGCCGGGCCGGCCGGCGGGGUGUGAUUCGUCGCCAGUCAGCUGGCCGGGCCGGCCGGAGUGGGUCGGUGCAGGGAGGUGGCGACGGCGGCGUCUGUGGCGGAGAGUGGGUCAACACGCUCUACCAUUUCAUAACCGGCCUACAUCAAACGACCGCGCCACAAAAACGGAAACAGUUCGACGGGCAAGAAGCUUGCCCCGUUGCGAGCGCCAGACGGCGGCGGCACGGAGCGCAGUGCGUGCGUGACGCUGGUCCCGAGGUGACCGUAGCUGGACGCGGGAGCGAGCGUCCUGAACAUGUUGCUCACGUUGGUGCUGGUGGUGCUGGUGCUGGUGCUAUCGCUGUGGUACAUGAGGCCGCAGCAGCCGGUAGGAUUCCCGCCAGGUCCCACAACUCUACAAAUCGGAGAAAUCCUCUGGGCCAUCAUCGAGGCUAGAAAAGGCAAUCUUACCGGUGUGAUUGCGUACUUUCAAAAGAAAUAUGGAGACGUUUUCGGCUUUGUUCUACCCACUGGCCAAAAACUGGUACAUAUCCUCAAAUAUGAUGACAUCAAAGAGGCCUGCUCGAUGCCCGAGUUCUCGGGCCGGCCAAAUGUGUUUGCGUUUUUAGUGCGCAGCUAUCAGCAAAAGCUGGGCAUUGUGUUCAACGACGGUGCGACGUGGUCGGAGCACCGGCGGUUCGCGCUGAGACACCUGCGAGACCUCGGCCUGGGGAAGAACUCCAUGGAGUCCACAGUGCUGGACGAGUUCGAGGAACUGGCCAAAGAGAUGCAGCAGGACUGCGGAAAGCCGGUGAAGAUCAACUUCCGCUUCAACCUCACGGUGCUGAACAUCCUCUGGAGGAUGGUCGCCGACCAGCGACUCGACAAUAACAACCCGAACGCCCAAAAGUACAUCGCGACCGUCAACGACUUCUUCAAGACGGUGGGUCCCAAGAACCCGACGAACGUGGCGCCGUGGCUGCGGCACGUGAUGCCCGAGUGGAGCGGCUACGCGCCGCUGAUCCGGCACCGGGACAUGGUGGAGGGCAUGUUUCGUGAGCUCGUGCGCGAGCACCAGAGCACCCUGGACCGCUCCAGUCCGCGCGACUUCAUCGAUCGGUUUCUUAUAGAAAUGGAGUCACCGGACGCCGAAGCUCGUGAGUUCACCGAGCGAAACCUGGCAGUGAUCGGCAUGGAUCUGUUCGCCGGCGGCAUGGAGACCACGUCCACUUCUCUCAUGUGGGCCGUCCUGAUGAUGGUGAUGUACCCGGACGUGCAGACUCGCGUGCAGCAGGAGCUGGACGCUGCGCUGGGCGGCCGGCUGCCCUCCUACAGCGACCGGCCGCGCCUGCCGUACACGGAGGCCACCCUGAUGGAGAUCAGUCGGCGGGCGACCCUGCUGCCCCAGGCGGCGCCGCACAGCACACUCAGUGACGUCGCCUUCCGCGGCUUCACCAUUCCCAAGGACUCGAUCGUGCUGAUGCACCUGGGCUCUGUGCACAUGGACUCCGAGUACUGGGGAGAUCCGGAGGCCUUCCGACCGGAGAGGUUCCUCACGGCCGACGGCGCAGUGCGACACGACGAGCGUCUGAUCCCGUUCGGUGUCGGCAAGAGGUUCUGCCUCGGCGAGACGUUGGCGCGCAUGGAAAUGUUUAUGUUGUUUGCGUGUCUCCUUCAGCGGUUCCGGUUUUCGGCCGUUCCCGGAGAGAAACUGUCGAUGGAGACUGGGUUUUCGGCAGUGCGGCAGCCACAGGAGUUCUCGGCGGUGUACGAGCUACGAAGCUGACUCACAGACAUUUGAAACGGACUCGAUUGACAUUGUGCGAUGCAUCCUUCGUUAUGCUUAUAGAUGACUGUUUGGAAAUCGUAUGAGCUGUUUUUCACGCCCAAUUUUUCAUUGUUACACUGUGCGGAAGAACGGUGCCUAGCAUCUAGUCACAAGUCCAGGCUACAUCACAACCGUUCUGAAGAUGCACCUCUAGCAUAGUGAUAUAUCAUUAGCAUGCAAAUCAUGCGUGGAACUUGUUUUCGAUCAAUUAAAUCUUACUUAUACAGGCUCUGACUUCAAAUUGUUGAGUUUCCCCCCAAAAAUGACGGCUAACUUGAUAGUUGAUGCGUAAUUAAAACAGAGCAUAGCUCAUCCGUAUAAGCUAUAUUUUCUAGGUCACGACUCACGACUCAUGUUAAGCAGAGCUUGUUGUUAGGUCUUAGUCCUGUUGACCUGAUGACCCCAUUGCCCCCCCCCCCCCCCCCAACUGUUCAAUGUUCAUCGCUGUUUCCGCAUGCAUACAUAGGUUGACUUCACCAGUUAAAGGCGAUCACCACUUGCCUUGGAAACAAGAUAACUGACCAGUGACCAGUGCCCAGUAUGGAAUGGAUCUUUCAAUAAACCUAUGCCGUGUUAAA